UUAUUCGACUUGACAAUUGUAGUGAAGUCGGAAUUUCGUCAUCGAAGACCGAAGUAAAAGAUAAAUAUUCAAAAGAUAAUAAUUUGUUAAUCAUCACACACGAGCGUGGUGUGGUUGUGUUAAUUUUAAUCGUGUUUAAUUGCCUUUCCGUUUUACCUUAGCAUCACUAUAGGUCACCUCUAUAUCGCUAAAAUCUUAGCUUAUUACAAUUUUCUAAAGAUUACGUGCUGUGUUGCCGUGCGCUGUUAAAGUUUCCGUGAUCUAUUAGAUAGUAGUCGAAAUACUUUAGCUUAAGAAACUCAAGAAAAAGUGAGGAUUUUGUCCCAGGAUGGCUGAGGCGAAGGUUAACGGACACCACAUUGAGCAAGAUCUUCCACCGGGAUAUACAGUGGAAGAAAUCGAAAUUCCAGUACCAUGGGGACACGUUGCGGGCAAAUGGUGGGGUCCUCGUGACAAGCAACCCAUCAUAGCUAUCCACGGUUGGCAAGACAACGCUGGCACUUGGGACAAUCUGAUACCACUCCUUCCAGUCACCACCUCGGUCUUAUGCAUCGACUUACCAGGACACGGCCAUUCCACCCACUACCCCAAAGGUAUGCUGUACUACAUAUUUUGGGACGGCAUUGUUCUUCUCCGAAGGAUAGUCAAGCAUUUCAAAUGGAGCAAGGUUACGUUAAUGGGCCAUUCUCUCGGCGGCGCUUUGAGUUUCAUGUACGCGGCGACCUUCCCUGACGAUGCUGAGAAGAUUAUAUGCAUAGAUAUAGCAAGUCCGGCUGUAAGGGAGCCGUCGAAUAUGGUCAAAACUGCUGGCUGGGGUAUCGAUAAAUGCUUGGAGUACGAAAAUUUGACUGAAGACAAAAUACCUUGUUAUGAAUACAAGGAAAUGAUUGAUAUAGUGUGCGACGCGUACAAGGGUUCUGUUUCAAGGGAAAACUGUCGUGUUCUUAUGAGAAGGGGAAUGGCGCGGACCCCUGCCCAUAUGAAAAAGCAAGGGUACUUCUUCAAAAGAGACCCAAGAUUGAAAGUAUCUGGAUUGGCAAUGAUGUCUCUUGAAACUGCUUUGGAAUACGCCAGUAAGGUGAAGUGCAAAGUACUGAACCUUAGAGCCCUCCCGGGUCAGAGAUGGGAGAAGUUGGACUACUAUUUAGCUGUGAUAGACAAAUUAAAAGAGAACACAGACGUCCAAUAUGUGGAGGUGGAUGGAACACAUCACGUUCAGUUAGAAGAUCCUCAAAACAUUGUAGCAUAUAUAGAAGAUUUCUUAGAGGGGUAUUAAUUAGUUAAAGCAGAUUUGUGAUUGCUAUUGUGAUAUUGCGAUCAGAGUAGGUCGCACUUCGAAGUGAGCGUUUAAUUUAAUUUAUGAAACAAAUUAUUUAUUAUCAGAUGAUAUAACAACGGGAUCGAUGUAAUAUUCUCGAAUGGGGAAAUGCUAACCAAAGCCUAUUAUUUGAAAUAAUAAAAAGGAUUUUCCAUCUAAAAUAUCCGUUAAUAAAAACCUUACGUAAGUAAACGAAAGCCAGUAUGAGAAAUGUUUUCCUAAAAUUUUGACGACUUUGUUAACAAGCUUGGCUAGGAGUUUUGCAGCAUUCGCGGCAACUGUCACCCAGUGAACUCGUGGUUAAAAAGAUCGAUUGUUAUAUCGUCUGAUGUAGACAAUCGUAGUAUUGAUGCUAAAAUAAUGAAGCUUAUCGCACCAAAGCUGCGUAGGUUAGUUAAUUUAGUACUUUAGGUACUUAGGUAUACAUAGUGAUGUACCGAAGAUGUCGGGAAUACGAAAAUAUUGAGAAGACCAAAGAAAUUGAGGAAAUAUUUUAUGAAGUGACAAAUGAAUGACAGUGAAUAAUGUAAUUAUAAAUGACUAUUGACUAUAACAAGCAAUAAAAAUAAUAUUAAUGACUCGAAAGGUCUCGGGAACAUGCUUUAUGCAGGCCGCUUUUGAUAGGUCCGUUUGGAAAUCUUUAGGGGAGGCUUUAUUCAGAAUUGGACUUUAGCUGGUAAUGAUGAAAACAAGCAAAAGCGAGAAAUGAAUAGCAGGUUUUGUUCCAAUUGUAAACGGCAUUUAAAAUGAUUAUUACGGAUUGUUAAUUUAUUCGGCACGCAUCAAAUCGUGUUUUGCAUUGAACCAUCGUGUUUGAGCAAUUUGCCUCUUAUUCUGACACUAAUAAUGACUGACUCAGACAUUGAUAUUCGAGACGAAUUAUAGACCUUAAGACACAGAGGGUAAUAGCUCCGAAGCGAUAGUUUCUUGGCGACUCUGUAGUUUACCAUAGGUUUUGACUUUGAUAAUGACCGACUUAGGGACCGUGGUUUCCUCCGUAUUCAAAUAAAGUUAAAGGUCGAUAUCGUAGCAAGACAAAGGCGCCAGGCACCCGUCCAGUGUAAUAAGAAUGUUCUUUUAUCUGAUCGCGGUUAAAACAACGGCCUCUUAGAAACUUAUAUCAGAGAGCAAGUAAUGGACAUGUAACUUCGACAUAAUAUAUUAUUGGAUAAUAAUGUCGGAUGGAGCUUGGUAUUUUUUUUUAAUUCGUUACAUCACUAUAACCAGUAAAAUAGAGAAAUUAAAAAUGGUGAUUGAUUUUGACUGGCAGGAAAAAUAUAUUUCUUCGAUAGAUUUAUUUUUCGGUGUUGACAUAUUAUUUUUUUAAUGUCAGUCUAAACAGCAGGUGUAAACGAUACGAGUCUAUGGCCAUUUUUGGUUUACUUUUUAAUUCCUAGGUUGUAUAUAAGAAUAAAUAUUAUACGGCCCAUUGAACCGUUUAACAUUAUUUAAAAAUAAUAGGUAACUAACUAUGAAUUAAUGAAAUUAAUUCUGGUAACAAUGAUAAAUAUUGCCAGCCUCGAAUGUCAAUUAGAAGUGAUUUGCGAAGUUAUGAUGCUUAAUUUAAUUGCAUUAACACUCAAUUUGCUUUACACAAUUAAUGCUUUUAAAUAAAUUGACUAUUGUUAGGAAGCACGAACUAAUAAAGUAAGGGAAUAACGGAAUAGCAUAUUUAGGAACAUAUUAAAUUUAAUAAGCGUCGUAAGGCACGAAGCAGAAGAAAGUUCUAUAAGCUUCACUACGUCACGUCCCCUGGGGCAUAGAUAACAUACCUUUCUACAAACAUUAAAGAUAAUAAAAAAAAUAUAAGAAACACCAUAUCUUAGCGACAAGUCACGUGGUCUAAGCAAACGAAAAAAAAGCAGAGAAAAGAAAAAACCAUAAGAGACUAGAAUUUAAUCGUUUACCACUUAUCUAUGGCCUCUGGUUGUCUAUCUUCUAGUAAGACUUCUUUGCCCUUAUCUGUUUUGCUUUGGUAGUCAGCCAUGUAACAUUAAUGAUCAAAUUUAGCCCUAAGUCUUUGAUUCCAUUAUUUUUUAUUUAUUUAGUAGGUAAACGAGCAAACGGUCCGCCUGAUGGUAAGCAGCAAGCUGCCCAUGGACUUUGCAAUGCCACAUGCAUAGCCAAGCUGUUGUCAGCACUCUUUUGAAUUAAAAAAAGAAUGGAAAACCAGUAUCUUUCAAUUUGAUCCAAUCUUGAAAUUCUUUGAGUCUAAUCUACUCUCGGAGGUUGACAAGCGAUGUGAUGUCUCCUUCAAAGCUAUGCUUAUGAGUGGAGAUGAUGACCCUUAACCCUCUGCUAGAAACGAACAAAGUUGACUUGUUAAAUUGUUCCUACACAAUGUUUUAUAUGUCUAUAAUUCAGCAUUGUUUGCACGUCGGCAAUUUGCGUAUUUCCGAUCAAAGAUGAACAAAUAGAGGCAUUACAUCUAAUAUAUUUAAUUAUAAUUAGUUCAUUUACUUUACUGCUUUAAUGUUAGGUAUAAUGUAUGCACAAAUUACAAUACAAUAUACGUCAAACCGUAUAUGUCCGAGGUGUCGAGUAAGUUAAGUUUGACAGUACACAUUAACAAAUACCUACCUAAUUGUGUACUGAAUAAACAGUUCAUAGGUUUACGGUAAUUUACAUUUUAACUAUGUAUUAUUACAAUAAGUAUACAGGGUCAUUUUGACAUUGCGUUAAUAAAUGAAACACCUUAUUGAUAAUACAAUUUACACUUUACAGUUAUGUGAUUAUUCGAACAGUAAAAAACAAAGUAACGUCAUACUUGAGUCAAAAAUAUACUCAGGAUGUGCGACAUGUACACUGAACUAAAAAAGAAUAAAUAAAAGAGAAGUAAAAAUAGGAUUUUUGGUGAAAAUAAUCGUUGUUCAUGGGUGCUUUUUGGCACAAUGUUAGCAGAGGUAAAGUGGAGUAUUGUAUCACUUAUUAAUGACAAUCAAUCGUGUCAAAAUGACUCAGUAUUGGGUACAUAGAACUGCAAUGUGACUUGCAUAUUUUAAAAUUGAAAAACAAUGUCUUCGACAUGUAGAAAAAUAUUUCGAUUUUAUUUUCAACCUAAAUCACUUGUGCUUAGGACUACUUUUUGCUUUAUUUAAUUCACUGUAUGUUUACAUCAUACCGAGUAUUGAGGUCAGAAUUAACAAAUUGCCACAUCAUGUACAGGUAGUAGGUAAUUUGGACGAAUCAUUAAAUUUGUUAGUUGCAACUCACAAAAUCGACAUAAAAACUAGGUAUUUCAUCGAAAUGCAACUAGCUUUUGAAUUUUAUCGCGGUACUUAACCGACUUCAAAAAAGGAGGUUAUCAUUGUAUUUUUUGUCAUUAUAUAUAUCUUUGUAAUUUCUCCUACGUUUCGAAAACUGCAGCCUUCAUGGAUGUCGAACAUUCGCGUUAACAUAAAAAAAUGUAAUUAUUUUAUGUUUUGCUUUUGAGUGGUUCUUAUUAAUUAUGACGGUUGAUUAUUUAUUCAAUGUUAAUUAAAAACUAACAACUACCUACCUGAAUGCGUUGACAUUCCUUAAUUUUUGUAACAAUAGUGAAUAAAUUGUUUUUUUACGUAAAUUUAUAAUGCAGAGAUCAAAAUCUCGUUUCAAUGUAUCCAUUUGUACAGGUUUGAAAUCUGGCUGGUUCAGAUUGUAAUUUAUUUCUUAAUUAUUUUUAAUUAGGCUUCGUUCAUACUGUGGGCCGUUCAAGUAUUACGUAACGCUAUUUGGGGGGGGGGGGGGGGGGGAUCUUUUAAAACGUUACGAUGCGUUACAGGGGUUGGGGGUUUUGUCCAACUCGUUACGUAACACUGGUUUUUCUAUUUUAAAACAAUAACAAAGGUACUUUAGCGACUUUUCUGUAUUUUGCAUAACAUAAUAGGGGACCGGCCUAUGCUUGAUUUUGUACACUAUUCUAAAUGUAAUGGUUAAUAAUACGAAAAAGAAGCACUCCAUGAAGCAGCAAAAAUUGCGUGAGUAAUUCAUAUUUAAAAUAUUGUAAUGUGCAGAAGUGGGCGCGAUGUGGGGAUAUCGCUUCAUCUCUUUUUUCGCACGCGUCGUAAUUGCCGAUGACGUCACAUGUGGAUAUUUCGUCUCUUUUCUGUUUUUUGUUAAUUACCCCUUCCACCGAAAUUUAAAGACUUAUAACUUGUUGAUUAUUUACCGGAUUUUAAUAAUUCCUUCUGUGUUAUAAUUUAUAUUAUGUAAAUAUUUGAUAAUAGUAAAGAACAAAAAUCAGUCCGGUACCCUAUUGUGAAUAUUAGAUAAAAAUCGACACUUUAAUGUUACAUAACUUUAGGUGGGGUACAGAAAAACGUUAUGGCGCGAUACAUGGGUGGCGGGCGGCUCAAAAAUUGCGUUAUAUAAUACUUAACGGCCCCUGUAAUAUACCGCGCGUUUUAUUGUACUGCUAUAACACUGACUUGGUGUGGCGUCUCUUAUGCAUAAAUGCGGUAUGCAAAUCGUUCCAAUGAUAAUUAGAUUUUACAUAAGUUUCAAAAGGGAAGCCAGCUCGAAUUGGGUUAUAUGCACCCUCGCCACUGUUGAAUUGGUGGCGUAGUCUUGCGUACUCAGUAUGAUAUCGCUCUCAAGUCUCUGAUAUUGGGUAUUUCUACUCAGUAUCAGCCCAGACUAUAAUUUAUUCCCUAUAUGGAGAUAAGCUGGCCUCAUUACAUAGAAUGAAAAAUGAGUGUCCUGGUUCCACGUCUGUCUGUCAUCUGUAAAGGCGUGUUGUGUGUUCGUUUUAUAUAAGUGUUGUCACAGAUAAAAAAAAACUUGCGGUGUAUAGCCAUGUGAACGAGGUCUAAUAACAUUAAGGUUUAUAUACUGAUGGAUGAAAGUCUAAUUGACGUAAGCGACAUUUUUUUUUU